CAACCCCUCCCAUCUGAGAGAGCUGGACCUGAGGGACAACAACAUGAAGGAUUCAGACGUGAAGCAGCUGUGUGAUCUGAAGGAGAGUCCAGAAUGUAGACUGGAUACACUUGAAUGGAGGAAGUCUUACUAAGAGGGAUCAGAAAGUUUGAUGUGUUGAGACCUGAUGUGGAGUCCUCCAUCAUCCCUGUGUGUUCCUCUGGACCUGACAGAGUAUCAACAGUGUAUCUGGCAGAGAUGGGAAUGGCAGAUCCAGACUCUCAGUCUCCAGCUGAGGUUUCUCCCCCAGCUCGGAGCUCUGAACCGGGCCUGAACGGUUCGGCUCCUCCCCCGGACACGGAGCUCCAGGCGGGAGGACAGGGAGUCCCUGGGGGGGAGGAAGAGGAGGAUGGAGUAGAAGACCCAAGGCCCAGACCUCCUCUGCUUUACCUCCGCAAAGAUGCGGCUGGCAGAGGACAUCGGCGAAUAGGAAGCCAGAACCUGAGAGCCAUCAAUCACAUGACUUCUCCGGCAGCUGCUCCGCCCCCGACCACCAGCACCUCGGUGUCCGGUAAACGGGCCGUGCUGUUGUCCAACGAGGCGAGGAGAGAGAUAGCGAAGCAGGCGAGGGCCAUGAAGGAGGAGAGGCGAGCCGCGCUGGACGCCCGACACAAAUACCUGAUCGGCAGGUUGGUGGACGCCGGGACUCUGGGCGAGCCGGAGGUGGAGGAAACCCUCGUCUCUGACAACAAGUUCAGUCUCAUCGAGGAGUUCUUCGCUGCGAACGGAUCCAAGAAGUUGAUUUUCUUCUAUCAGAAUGUGACGCAGAAUCCGUCCUCCAGUUUUUCGUCCUGUGUGGACGCAGCGACUUCAGCUCAGAGGAAACUCUUCAUCACCACAGGGAGCUCCGAGCCUUUACUGGGGAAGUGCCUUUUCUUCCUGAGAACCACUGAGAAGGCGAUAACCACCGCUAACGUACAGCAGGAGGUGAACUUCGGCAUGCUGGACUGCAGCGACGGCAGCAUCCUGACCAGUCUGGAGACUCUGCUGGCUCACAUCAUGAUACCGGCCCUCCGGUCCCAGCAGGCGUGGGGCUCUGUGCAGGAGGGCGCCUCCUGUCCAGACGUCCAGUCCUUUCUGUCCUCGGUGGACCAGUUCGUCAGUAAUCUGAGCUCGGCCAGAGUCAACAUGGAGAGAAAGUUCCAACUGCAGCAGGUGGAACUUCCCGAGGUCAUCGGCCAGCUGAGCAGCCCUGCAGACUACACCGCCGCAGCCAAUAACAGCGAGCUGGUGGAGCGUCUGGAGGGCGUGGUCUCAGUGUGGACCAAUCAGAUCAAGCAGGUGCUGACGGAGAGCGAGCAGAUGAGGAAGGAGGCGGAUGACGUGGGACCAUCAGCUGAGCUGGAGCACUGGAAGAGACGCAUGGUCACCUUUAACAGUCUGAUGGAGGAGGUGAAGCGUCCUCAGGUGAAAAGGACUCUGGGAGUUCUGCAGGUCACCAAGUCCAGAACUCUACGAACCUGGAGAGAACUGGAUGGGAACAUCACCGUGGUAGCCAACGAGGCCAAAGACAACGUCAAGUACCUCUACACCCUGGACAAGUUCUUCGGACCGCUGGGGAAAUGCACUCCGACCAGUAUGCUGGAGCACAUCCCGGGCCUGAUGACCAGCAUCAGGAUGAUCCACACCGUGUCCCAGUACUACAACACCUCUGAGAGAAUGACCUCGCUGCUGCUCAAAGUCACCAACCAGAUGAUCGCCACCUGCAGGGGCUACCUGGCGCAGGGCGCCGCCCGCAUCUGGGACCACAGCAGGCCAGUGCUGCUGCAGCGUAUCUCUGCCUGCUGUAACCUGAACGUGGAGUACCAGAGGAGCUUCCAGACGGUCAGAGACAAACUGAGAGAAAAGCCUGAAAACAGACAGUUUGACUUCAGUGAGAACUGCAUCUUCGGGAAGUUUGAUGCUUUCUGCAGACGUCUGGAGAAGAUCGCCGACAUGGCGUCCUCUCUGGAGAGUCUGGCUGCUCUGGAGCACAUGAAGGUGGAGGGAGCUGAGAAGAUCUACCUUCGCUACCAGAACAUCGUCUCCGUGACCACGUCCAAGACCUACGACGUCCUGGACCACCGCAAGCUGGAGUUUGACAGUGACUACGCAGACUUCCAGCUCCAGGUCCAGAGUCUGUUCCAGUCUCUUCAGUCUCUGCUGGACUUCUGGUUCCGUCAGCCUCUCACUACAGAGCGGAUGCUGGAGCUGCUGGAGGUCUUUGAGUCCGGUCCGGGGUCUGGUCUGGACCUGAAGCAGCACCACCUGCUGCUGCUGCAGCGCUACAGCAGAGAGCUGGAGCUGCUGAGGAAGACCUACCAGAGACAGAGAGACAGGCCGCCCAUCGGACGCAACCUGCCCCCGGUGGCGGGACGGAUCCUGUGGUGCCGUCAGCUCUUCAGGAAGCUUGAAGCUCCAAUGUUGAUCCUGAAGAAGAAGCUUGACGUCCUCAAGGGACCAGAGAUGACCAAAGUGAUCCGGAGCUACAACAAGAUUGCCGUGGUGCUGCUGCAGUACGAGUUGCUGCACCUGCAGGGCUGGAGUCAGGCUGCAGAGAGCGCACCGCACUGCCUGAGCGCCGCCCUGCUGGUCCGACACGAGAACAGCAAGGAGGUUUCUGUGAACCUGGACCCUGUGGUGCUGGAGGUGCUGCAGGAAGCCCGCUGGAUGAGCAAACUCGGGGUGACGGUGCCAAAGGUCAUCCUAAAAAUGACUUUAAGAGAAGCGUCGGUCAAAGCUCUGUACAAGCGGCUGCUGGAGUUGCUCCAGGAAUACGGCUCGGUGGUCGCCAGGAUCCCUCCUUCCCUCCUCCCUCUGAUGCAGCCCUUCAUCGGCCGGGUGGAGGUGGCUCUCUCCCCCGGGCUCACCACGCUGUCCUGGACCGCUCUCAACACGGACUCGUUCAUUGAGAGUGCGUACGGGGCUCUGAAGGAUCUGGAUCAGGUAUCCAAAGUGGCCACGGACCUGUUGGAGUGUCGCAUCGGCCGGCUGCUCCAGGCCAUGUCGUCCUGCCGUCUGCUGGUCCUGCCCGAAGACUCGCCCGUCUCCCCUCAGGACCUCCUGCUGCAGACAGACAGCUCCGUCCAAGCUGCUGCUGUCGCUCUCAACUGGCAGAGUCAGCAGGUAGAGAAAUAUGUGUUUGAGCUGAUUGAUGAGCUGAAGAGGAAGAUGAAGACGUCUGAGACUGUUAAUCUGGAGGGAUCUUUCCAGUGUCUCCAUCCAGACUCCAAACAGAAGACGCGCUGUCAGUCUUGUCUUCCUUGUCGUUUCUACAACCUGAUUGGUCAGCUCUGUCAUCGUAACACUGAAGCCCUGGUCAAAGCCACCAAAUCCUCUCUGGACGCCCUGAGGAGAAGACUUCAUGUCCCAAAAUACCAGCCCCCCUCCUCCCCCUCCUCUUCCUUCUCCUCAUUCGGCAGCAGCCAAUCAGCUCCUCCUCCUCCUCUCUUCAGAGCCUCCAUCCAGCUCGCCAUCCCCAGCAUCGUCCUCAGACCCAGCCUUGACGACAUCCAGACUACAGUGAACAAGCUGGUGAGUGUUGUGUUGUCUGUGACCAAAGACAUCCCUCUGUGGACGUUCUCUCACCUGCAGUACAAGCAGCAGCAGGUGGAGCAGGCGGCGGUCCGUGAUGCUGGAGACGACAUCCUGGUGAAGCCACCGGUGCUGAGGCCUCUGGACAGACAGCUGGCCGAACACAGAGACAUCAUCAAGUUGGUGAUGCAGCUCAGCUCCGUUGUUUCCUCUCUGAGAGAUCAAGCUGCUGAAACUCUCAACGACCUCACACACUUCUCUACUCUGUGGAACCAAGACCCAGAGGAGCAGGUGCAGGCCUUCCUGCAGUCCGACCCCUCACUGACGGAGUUCAGCGCCCAGAUCUCCUUCUACUCUACGCUGGAGGUGCAGAUUUCGGAGCUGCCGGCGUCCUGCACUGUGGGGUCGAUCCUCUUCUUCGCCGAGCAGCUGAAGCUGUCCCUCACUCAGGAGUGCCGUCUGUGGAAACGAGCCUUCGGCGCCGCGCUCAACCGCCGCGCGUCCGCCCGCAUGGACGCCAUCUUCUCGCUGCUGGACGGGCUGACCAAGCGCCUGCAGCGGCCAAUCACGGACCUGGAGGACGUCCGGGGAGCCAUGGCGGCGCUCAGUGAGGUUCGGGAGGCGGAGGUUGGCAUUGACGCCGGCAUCGGUCCAGUGGAGGAAUCCUUCGCUCUGCUCCACAAACACGAGCUGCUCUUCAACGACGGGAACGCCGAGCACGUGGACGGCCUGGCGUACGGCUGGAACAACCUCAGCGCCCUGGUGGUGGAGAACCAGAACACUCUUGUGAGGAUCCAGCCCAGCAUGAAGGCAGACCUGCUGUCUGCAGUGCGGAGCUUCCAGAGCCACGUCCAGAGCUUCUCCACCGAGUACAACCACAGGGGCCCGGGGGUGGAGGGCCUGGCUCCAGCUGAAGCCAGCGAGCGGCUGCAGAGUUUCCAGGCCGAGUUUGAUCAGCUGUGGAGGAAAUACACCACCUACUCUGGAGGGGAGGCGCUGUUCGGACUGUCUGUUAACGAGUAUCCGGAGCUGCAGAGGAUCAAGAGGGAGCUCUCUCUGCUGUCCAAACUCUACACUUUGUAUAACUCCGUCAUCGACAGCGUCGCCGGAUACUACGACAUCCUGUGGGCCGACCUCAACAUCGAGAAGAUCAACACCGAGCUGCAGGACUUCCAGAACAGGAUCCGGAAGCUUCCAAAGGCGUUGAAGGAGUGGCAGGCCUUCAGAGAUCUGAAGAAAACCAUCGAUGACUUCACUGAGACCUGCCCUCUGCUCUACAUGAUGGCCAACAAGGCCAUGCUGUCCCGACACUGGACUCGUCUCAGCGAGCUGACCGGUCACAGCUUCCACGUGGAGUCGGAAACUUUCUCCCUCAGAAACAUCAUGGAGGCGCCGCUGCUGCAACACAAAGAAGACAUAGAGGAUGUUUGUAUCAGCGCGGUGAAGGAGCGGGACAUCGAGGCCAAGCUGAAGGACGUGGUGGCCGAGUGGAGCAGCCAGACGCUCGCCUUCGCCUCCUUCAGGAGCCGAGGAGAACUUCUGCUCAGAGGAGCCGACACAGCCGAGAAGAUCUCCAACAUGGAGGACAGUCUGAUGGUGCUGACGUCACUGCUGAGCAACAGGUACAACGCUCCGUUCAAGCCGACCAUCCAGCUGUGGGUCCAGAAACUCUCCAACACCUCUGAGAUCAUCGAGAAGUGGCUGUCGGUCCAGAACCUCUGGAUCUACCUGGAGGCCGUGUUCGUGGGCGGAGACAUUGCCAAGCAGCUGCCUCAGGAGGCCAAACGUUUCCACAACAUUGACAAGUCGUGGCAGAGGAUCAUGCAGCGGGCGCACGAGCUUCCCAACGUGGUGCAGUGCUGCGUGGGAGAUGAGACGCUCAGCCAGUUGCUCCCUCACCUCCUGGAGCAGUUGGAGUUUUGUCAGAAGUCUCUGUCCGGUUACCUGGAGAAGAAGCGCUUGGUUUUUCCUCGUUUCUUCUUCGUUUCUGACCCCGCCCUGCUGGAGAUUUUGGGCCAAGCCUCUGACUCGCACACUAUACAGGCUCAUCUGCUCAGUCUCUUUGACAACGUUAACAGAGUUGUUUUCAAUGAGAAAGUCUACGACCAGAUGAUCAGUUUUCAGUCUCAGGAAGGAGAAACUGUGGAGCUGAGCCAACCUCUCCUGGCACAGGGGAGCGUGGAGGUGUGGUUACACGCACUGCUAGCUGGUGUGAGGCAGACCCUCCACGCCAUCAUCCGUCAGGCCUACCUGGCCAUCAGCGACCCACAGCUGAAGCUGCUGGAGUAGUCGGCGUUCCCAGCUCAGGUCGGCCUGCUGGGCAUCCAGAUGAUCUGGACCAGGGACGCCGAAGAGGCUCACGUCCUCAGCAAGGCUGACAAGAAGAUCAUGCAGACGACCAAUCAGAAGUUCCUGGACAUCCUCAACGAGCUGAUCGACAUGACGACCAGGGAGCUGAGCAGGAACGAGAGGACCAAGUAGACGCUCAUCACCAUCCACGUCCACCAGAGGGACAUCUUGACGAGCUGGUGGGUGUGUCUGAACGUGCGAUCUGCAGCCGACUUUGAGUGGCAGAAACAGUCCAGGUUCUACUUCCUGGAGGAGAUGGACAGAUGUGUGAUCCAGAUCACAGACGUGGAAUUCAGCUACUGCAACGAGUACCUGGGCUGUACGGACCGACUGGUCAUCACCCCGCUGACAGACAGGUGUUACAUCACUCUGUCUCAGGCUCUGGGGAUGAGCAUGGGGGGGGCUCCGGCCGGUCCCGCAGGAACAGGUAAGACUGAGACCACUAGCAUGGGUCGCUGUCUGGGGAAAUACGUGGUGGUUUUCAACUGUUCGGACCAGAUGGACUACAGAGGACUCGGACGCAUCUACAAAGGUCUGGCCCAGUCCGGAGCCUGGGGUUGCUUCGAUGAGUUUAACCGCAUCGAGCUGCCGGUGCUGUCGGUGGCCGCCCAGCAGAUCUACGUGGUUCUGCAGUGUAAGAAGAACAAGAGGAAGCAGUUCGUCUUCACCGACGGAGACGUGGUCGACAUGGACCCGGAGUUCGGCAUCUUCCUCACCAUGAACCCCGGUUACGCUGGUCGCCAGGAGCUGCCAGAGAACCUGAAGAUCCAGUUUCGCACGGUGGCCAUGAUGGUCCCGGACCGAGCCAUCAUCAUGAGGGUCAAACUGGCCAGCGCGGGUUUCCGUGACAACCAGGUCCUCAGCAGGAAGUUCUACACCCUCUACAAGCUGUGUGAGGAGCAGCUCUCCAAACAGGUCCAUUAUGAUUUCGGUCUGAGGAACAUUCUGUCCGUUUUGAGGACGCUCGGCGCCGUGAAGAGAUCCAACCCGUCAGAACCAGAGCCGACUGUGGUGAUGAGAGUCCUGAGAGACAUGAACCUCUCCAAACUGGUCGACGAGGACGAGCCUCUGUUCAUGAGUCUGAUCAAUGAUCUGUUUCCUGGUAUCGUUCUGGAUAAAGCCGGGUAUCCAGACUUGGAGUCGUCCAUCUUCAGUCAGGCUGAGCAGGCCGGUCUGAUCCCUCAUCCCCCCUGGAUCCUCAAACUGGUUCAGCUCUACGAGACGCAGAGAGUCCGACACGGUAUGAUGACGUUGGGUCCGAGUGGCGCCGGGAAGACUGCCUGCAUCCACACGCUGAUGAAGGCCAUGUCGGAGUGCGGCUCGCCGCACCGCGAGAUGAGGAUGAACCCUAAAGCCAUCACGGCCUCGCAGAUGUUCGGCACGCUGGACGUCACCACCAACGACUGGACCGACGGCAUCUUCUCCACCCUGUGGAGGAAGACGCUCAAAGCCAAGAAGGGCGAGUACAUCUGGAUCGUGCUGGACGGUCCAGUAGACGCCAUCUGGAUCGAGAACCUGAACUCGGUUCUGGACGACAACAAAACUCUGACGCUGGCGAACGGAGACCGGAUCCCCAUGGCGCCCUGCUGCAAGAUAGUUUUCGAGCCGCACAACAUCGACAACGCGUCCCCGGCGACGGUGUCCAGGAACGGGAUGGUGUUCAUGAGUUCCUCGGUGCUGGGCUGGAGCCCCGUCCUGCAGGCCUGGCUACAGACGCUCCCGGAGCAGCAGGCCGAGGCCCUCACACUCUGCUUCAACUGCUGCUACCAGGACCUGUUGGACUUUGUGUCCACUGCCGUGUCUCCUAAGAUGCAGGUGUUGGAGUGUAUGUACAUCAGACAGAGUAUCGACCUGCUGCAGGGUUUGCUCCCAGCAGCGGAUGAGAAACAGGGUUGUCAUGGUGACGUGGGCCGUCUUUUUGUCUUUGCGGUGAUGUGGUCUCUCGGGGCGGUCCUGGAGCUGGACGACAGAGCCAAGAUGGAGGCCUUCCUGAAGAACCACAGCUCGUCUCUGGACCUGCCGCUCACCCAGGACCAGCAGACCAUCUUUGAGUUCACCGUCAACGAGCAGGGCCAGUGGGAGCAUUGGUCCAACAAGGUGCCAGAGUACGUUUACCCCAAAGACCACGUCCCCGACUACUCGGCCAUCCUGGUUCCCAACGUGGACAACGUGAGGACAGACUUCCUGAUGCAGACCAUCGUGAAGCAGAGGAAGGCCGUGCUGCUGAUCGGAGAGCAGGGAACCGCCAAGACCGUCAUGAUUAAGGGCUACACCAGUAAGCUGGACCCGGAGCUCCACCUCAGUAAGACGGUGAACUUCUCGUCGGCCACGCUGCCCAGCAUGUUCCAGCGGACCGUGGAGAGCUACAUCGACAAACGCAUGGGCGCCACCUACGGGCCGCCGGCCGGCCGCAGGAUGACCGUCUUCAUAGACGACAUCAACAUGCCCGUCAUCAACGAAUGGGGAGACCAGAUAACCAAUGAGAUUGUGCGCCAGCUGAUGGAGCAGGGAGGUUUCUACAGCCUGGAUCGUCCCGGAGAGUUCAUCACCGUGGUGGAUGUUCAGCUGGUGGCGGCUAUGAUCCACCCCGGUGGCGGGCGGAACGACAUCCCCCAGCGUCUGAAGAGGCAGUUCUCCAUCUUUAACUGCACGCUGCCCUCCAACUCCUCCAUCGAUAAGAUCUUCGGCACCGUGGCCGCAGGAUACUUCUGCCCAGAGAGAGGCUUCGCCGCCGGGGUCUGCCAGCUCGCCACGGCCCUCGUUCCCACCACCCGGAGGGUGUGGCAGGCCGUGAAGGCAAAGAUGUUACCGUCUCCUGCUAAGUUUCACUACAUCUUCAACCUGAGGGACCUCAGCCGGAUCUGGCAGGGGAUCCUGACGGUGAAGUCCGAGGCGUGUCCGAGCGCGGAGAUCCUCUCGGCUCUCUUCCAUCAUGAAUGUUGCCGAGUGAUCGCCGACCGAUUCAUCGACAGCAGCGACCGGCGAACCUUCAACGCCAUCAUGGAGAAGAUCACAGUGGAGGAUCAUGGGAGCGCGCUGACUGAGCAUGCUCAGUGGGACAGCUUCUUCGUGGACUUCCUGCGUGAAGCUCCCGAGGCGACGGGAGACGAAGCCGAAGACACCGAGCUGGAAGCUCCGAAGGUGUACGAGCCAAUCCCGUCGCUGGACGUGCUGGCGGAGCGGCUGUCUGUGUUUCAGCUGCAGUACAACGAGGCGGCGAGGGGCGGAGCCAUGGACCUGGUCUUCUUCAAGGACGCCAUGAGCCACCUGAUGCGGAUCUCGCGGAUCCUGCGGACGCCGCAGGGGAACGCCCUGCUGGUCGGGGUGGGGGGGUCGGGGAAGCAGAGUCUGACGAGGCUGGCGUCGUUCAUCGCAGGAUACCAGACCUUCCAGAUCACACUGACCAGGUCUUACAGCAGCAGUAACCUGCUGGAGGAUCUGAAGACUCUGUACCGUCUGGCUGGUCAGCGGGGGAAAGGAGUCACGUUCCUCUUCACCGACAACGACAUCAAGGACGAGGCCUUCCUGGAAUACAUGAACAACGUGCUGGCGAGCGGUGAAGUCUCCAACCUGUUUGCUCGUGACGAGCUGGAUGACAUCACUCAGGAGCUGAUUCCCGUGAUGAAGCGGCAGCAGCCUCGCCGCCCUCCGACCUCCGAGAACCUCUACGACUUCUUCCUGUCUCGGGUUCGGAGCAACCUGCACGUCGUGCUCUGCUUCUCGCCCGUCGGGGAGAAGUUUCGGACUCGUGCUUUAAAGUUCCCGGGCCUGAUAUCGGGCUGCACCGUGGACUGGUUCCAGCGCUGGCCUCGGGACGCCCUGGUGGCCGUGUCGCAGCACUUCCUGUCCCAGCACCAGGACCUCCACUGCUCAGAGGAGGUGAAGCAGAGCGUCGUGGUCACCAUGGGAGCCUUCCAGGACCUGGUGGCGGAGAAGUGUGCCGAGUACUUUGAGCGCUUCCGGCGUCAGACGUUUGUGACGCCCAAAUCCUACCUGUCCUUCAUCGACAGCUACAAGGUCAUCUACGGCGGGAAGAUCGCUGACGUCGGCACGCUGGCCGAGCGCAUGCAGACAGGUCUGUGUAAACUGAUGGAGGCGGAGCAGUCGGUGUCUCAGCUCUCGGAGGAGCUGGUCCUGAAGGAGCAGGAGCUCGCCGUGGCCUCCCAGAGGGCAGACGAAGUCCUGCAGGAGGUCACGGCGAAGGCUCAGGCCGCCGAAAAGGUGAAGCAGCAGGUGCAGAAGGUGAAGGAUAGAGCUCAGCUCAUCGUCGACGAGAUUGAAGCGGAUAAAACAUCAGCUGAAUCCAAACUGGAGGCUGCAAAACCAGCUCUGCAGGCCGCAGAGGAUGCACUACAGACGAUUAAACCGGCCGACAUCGCCACGGUGAGGAAGCUGCAGAAGCCCCCCCACCUCAUCAUGAGGAUCAUGGACGCCGUGCUGCUGCUGUUCCAGAGGAAGAUCGACACGGUGACCGCGGACCCCGAGCGGCCGUGUCCGCGACCUUCCUGGCCCGAGGCCAUGAAGCUGAUGCAGAACUCAGCCUUCCUCAGCAUGCUGCUCCACUUCAGCAAGGACUCCAUCACAGCGGAGGUGGUGGAGCUGCUCGCUCCCUACCUGGACAUGGACGACUAUAACCUGGAGUCGGCCAAGAGGAUCUGCGGCAACGUGGCGGGACUCUGCUCCUGGACCCAGGCCAUGGCCGACUUCUUCGCCAUCAACAAGGAGGUGCUGCCUCUCAAGGCUAACCUGGCCCUGCAGGAGGCCCGUCUGGUGGUGGCUCAGACUGAACUCUCUAAAGCUCAGGAACAGCUGGACGAGAAACAGCAGGAGCUGGACGCAGUGCAGGCGCUUUACGACGCUGCCAUGAAGGAGAAGCAGGACCUGGAGGACGGACGCCUCAGGCCUGUCCCUCAAGAUGUCCAGCUCUGCUCUCGGUCCUGGUCUGGUCCCUCUCGGUCCUGGUCUGGUGUGUUUCAGGUCCGUUGGACCGACAGCAGCGCCGGGUUCCAGACGCAGAUCAAACACCUGGUGGGGGACGUCCUGCUGGCGGCGGGCUUCCUGUCCUACGCCGGGCCCUUCAACCAGGAGUUUCGCAGCCUGAUGCUGGAGCUGUGGAAGACCGAGAUGAAGGAGAAGCUCAUCCCCUUCAGUCCUGACUUGAACGUGAUUGGUCUGCUGGUGGACAACGCCACAGUGAGCGAGUGGAACCUGCAGGGUUUACCCAGCGACGACCUGUCCAUCCAGAACGGAAUCGUGGUGACGAAGGCGUCCCGCUACCCGCUGCUGAUAGACCCCCAGGGCCAGGGCAAGACCUGGAUCCAGAACCGAGAGAGAGACCAGCAGCUGCAGGUGACGUCUCUGAACCAUAAAUAUUUCCGUUCCCACCUGGAGGACAGUCUGUCUCUGGGGCGCCCCCUGCUGCUGGAGGAUGUAGGGGAGGACCUGGACCCCAUCCUGGACAACAUACUGGACAAAAACUACAUCAAGUCUGGAUCAACUUAUAAAGUGAAGGUAGGCGAUAAAGAGGUGGAUGUGAUGAAGGGCUUCACCCUCUACAUCACCACCAAGCUGGCCAACCCGGCAUACAGCCCCGAGGUCAGCGCCAGGACGGCCGUGGUCGACUUCACCGUCACCCAGCGCGGCCUGGAGGACCAGCUGCUGGGACGGGUCAUCCUGCUGGAGAAACAGGAGCUGGAGGCGGAGCGAGUGAAGCUCUUAGAGGAGGUGACGUCCAACAAGAGGAAGAUGCAGGAGCUGGAGGACAGUCUGCUGUUCAGGUUGACCAGCACUCAGGGGUCCUUGGUGGAGGACCAGUCUCUGAUCGAGGUUCUGAGGGUCACCAAGACCACCGCCCAGGAGGUGAGCGAGAAGCUGUCGGUGGCGGCGGAGACGGAGGGGAAGAUCAACCAGGCCAGGGAGGAGUACCGGCCCGUGGCCACCAGGGGCAGUAUCCUGUACUUCCUGAUCGUGGAGAUGUCGCUGGUCAACGUCAUGUACCAGACCUCUCUGCGCCAGUUCCUGGGGCUCUUCGACUCGUCCAUGCAGCACUCGGCCAAGUCGCAGCUCACCGCCAAACGCAUCGGCAACAUCAUCAACUUCCUCACAUACCAGGUGUACUGUUACACAGCCCGGAGUCUGUAUGAGGAACACAAACUGCUCUUCACUCUGCUGCUGGCUCUGAAGAUCGAUCUGCAGGCCCGAAACAUCUCGCACCCCGAGGUGCUCACCUUCGUCAAAGGUGGAGCCUCCCUGGAUCUGAACUCUGUAGAAGCCAAACCACGGCGCUGGAUCCUGGAUCAGACCUGGCUGAACCUGGUGCAGCUGUCCAGCCUGCCGCCAUUCACCCAGAUCCUGAGCCAGGUGAGCCAGAACGAGCGUGCCUGGAGGACGUGGUUCGACCAUCCGACGCCGGAGCAUGCCAAACUGCCCGAUGGCUACGAGGAAAGGCUCGACACCUUCCGGAAGCUUCUGCUCAUCCGGAGCUGGUGUCCCGACCGAACCACCGCUCAGGCGCGUAACUACAUCUCGGACUCUCUGGGUCAGCAGUACGCUGAAGGUCUGGUUCUGGACCUGGACGCCAUGCUGGCAGAGAGUGACAACAGGACGCCGAUGGUCUGUCUGCUGUCGAUGGGCUCGGACCCGACUGAAAACAUAGAGAGGCUGGCCAAGAACAAGGGGGCGCCGUGCCGUCCCAUCUCCAUGGGGCAGGGCCAGGAGGUUCACGCUCGCAGGCUAUUGGCCAACAGCAUGACGGACGGCGGCUGGCUCCUCCUCCAGAACUGCCACCUGGGACUGGACUUCCUGGACGAGCUGCUGGAGACGGUCACCGCGGCAACGCCAGAGGGCACGCACAAGGGUUUCCGCGUGUGGCUGACGACCGACGUGCACCCCAGGUUUCCCAUCACCUUCCUCCAGUCCUCCAUCAAGUUCACCAACGAGCCUCCUCUCGGGAUGAAAGCCGGUCUGAAGAGGACUUUCGGGGGCGUCACCCAGGACCAGUUGGAGAUCAGCAACCUGCCUCAGUGGAAACCUCUGCUGUACGCCGUGGCCUUCCUGCACACCACCGUGCAGGAGCGCCGUAAGUUCGGUCCGCUCGGCUGGAACAUCCCGUACGAGUUCAACCAGGCAGAUUUCACCUCCAGCAUGCAGUUUGUGCAGAACCACCUGGACGACCUGGACCCAAAGAGAGGAGUCAACUGGAGCUGCCUGCGCUACAUGCUGGGCGAGGUCCAGUACGGCGGCCGGGUGACAGACGACUUGGACAAACAUCUCCUCAACACCUUCACUCGGGUCUGGUUCAGCGAGUACACCUUCAGCGACAAGUUCUGCUUCUACAAGGGCUACAGCAUCCCCGGGAGGGCCAAGACGGUCCAGGACGUCCUGCAGCACAUCGAGGCCCUGCCGCUGGUCGACUCUCCUGAGGUCUUUGGGCUCCACCCCAACGCUGACAUCACCUACCAGACCAACCUGGCCAAUGAGACGCUCAGCACCAUCAUCAACAUCCAACCGAAGGACAGCGGGGGCGGGGCCGGGGAGACCAGGGAGGCCAGCGUGCAGAGACUGGCCGGGGAGAUGCUGGAGAAGCUGCCACCCGACUACGUCCCGCACCAGGUCAAAGGUCAGCUGCAGAAGAUGGGUCCGCUUCAGCCAAUGAACAUCUUCCUGCGGCAGGAAGUGGACCGCAUGCAGCGGGUCAUCAGCAUCGUCCGGAGCACGCUCACCGACCUCAAACUGGCCAUCGACGGCACCAUCAUCAUGUCGGAGGACCUGCGCGAUGCUCUGGACUGCAUGUUCGACGCUCGGAUCCCCCGCCUGUGGCUGCGGCUCAGCUGGCCGUCGGCCACGCUGGGCUUCUGGUUCAGCGAGCUGCUGGAGAGGAACCAGCAGCUGAGCGGCUGGAUCGGCGCCGGCAGACCCAACCAGUUCUGGCUCACAGGCUUCUUCAACCCACAGGGUUUUCUGACUGCCAUGCGCCAGGAGACAACGCGCGCCAACCUGUCCAGGGGCUGGGCCUUGGAUACCGUCACCCUUAGCAACGAUGUGACCAAGAUGAUGAGGGAGGACGUGUCGGCUCCGCCCCCGGAGGAUGUGGGCGGAGUCUACAUCUACGGCCUCUUCCUGGACGGGGCGGGAUGGGACCGCCGCAGCGCCAAACUCUCGGAGGCCCCGCCCAAGGUCCUCUUCACUCCUCUCCCCGUGGUCCACGUCUAUGCCGUCAGCGCCGCCGCUGGCGUGGGCGGGGGUGCAGCGGCUGCGGUCAGCCUGUACUCGUGUCCCGUCUAUAAGAAACCGCGUCGGACCGACCUGAACUUCAUCUUCUCUCUGCAGCUGCGCAGCGUCCAGCCAGCGGAGCACUGGACGCUGAGAGGCGCCGCGCUGCUCUGCGACUGCAAGUAACCCUCCGACGCCGUGAGUCAACAUCAACGUUAUUGUUCCGCCGCAGAGAAGACAA